AUGCAGCCGAUCAAGAGCGUGGCUGUCAUUGGGGCGGGCCCUGCUGGUGCGAUUGCAGUUGAUGCGUUGAUGCAAGAAAAGGCAUUUGAUUUGAUCCGUGUGUUCGAGCGCCAGGAAAAGGCAGGAGGCUGCUGGGUUUCGAGGGAUGAUGAUCCCCCACAGAAGUUUGACUUGGAUGGCCUAGCUGCACGAACUGCAGAUGCACCUUUGAAUAUUCCAGAACAGCUGCCCUGCUGGACGCCGGUAGCCACUCAGGAUCGCUUCACAGAUUCGCCCGUUUACCCCGGGCUAGAAACCAAUGUGGACGCAAACGCAAUGUGUUAUUCCCAGGAACCGAUCCCCACCGUUCGUUCGAAAUGGUCCAUUGAAAGGCACGGAGAAGAUACUCCUUUCCGCCACCAUUCUGUCAUUAGGCAGUAUAUCGAGGAUCUAUUUACUCAAAAGGGCCAUGAUGGUCUCGUUCAGUAUAACACGACCGUUGAACGAGCCAUCAAGGAUUCCACAAGCCAGAAGUGGAGUCUCACUCUUCGCCGCACGGAAAUCCACAACGGAAGCCCGUCAGACUAUUGGUGGACUGAAUCAUUCAACGCCGUUGUCGUAGCUUCGGGUCACUACGCUGUUCCUUAUAUUCCCGCAAUUCCUGGCUUGGAGGACGUUGAGCAUACGAAACACUACCGCGGGCCUCAAAAGUAUCAAGACAAGAAAGUUAUCACAGUCGGAGCAUCGGUGUCGGCGGCAGAUACUGCCGUUAGCAUCAUUGACAGUGCACAAACCCCAGUUCAUGCCGUUGUGCGUGGUCGGUAUAAUGUAUACUUUGGCGAUGAUGCGUUCAAGCAUCCAAAGAUUCUGCGCCGCGCGCCCAUCUCUCACAUCACGAGUGAUGAUAGAACCGUUCAUUUCGAAGAUGGCACCUUCGAGACUAGAGUGGAUAAUAUUAUCUUUGGAACCGGAUUCACUUGGACGUUGCCGUUUUUGCCUCAAGUUCAGACUCGAAAUAAUCGCGUUCCUGAUUUGUAUCAGCAUGUGUUUUAUCGGCACGACCCUACCCUGACAUUUGUUGGAGCUGUCGGUGCUGGUCUCACCUUCAAAGUCUUCGAGUGGCAAGCUGUCGCUGCUGCCCGCGUCCUCGCAGGUCGAGCAACUCUGCCUUCUGCGGAGGAGCAGGAGACGUGGGAGACUGGUCGCAUUGCGUUGCGAGGCGAUGGGCCUGCAUUUACCGUCAUCAACCCAGAAUUCAAAGCGUACUUCGAAGGGCUUCGAGAGCUUGCAGGGGAGCCGCACGAGGGUGGACAAGGUCGACCGUUACCGCCAUUUGACCAGAAGUGGGUGGAUGAUUUUAAUGCGGGACAUGAGCGACGUAAACAGAUGUGGAGGCGGGCGAAUACUGCUGCUACGGCGAAGCUGUAG